AUGUUGUCACAGAUCUUGAGGCUGAUUGCCCGCGACCCCAUGCAGCCACAUCCCGAAGAACACCUCCACCUCCGCCUUCACAGGGCGCGAUCCGUGGUCCUGACUUCUCAGGAGCUUGUCGAGGUUCGCGCAGCACAGCGCACCUUUGAAGGUGCUUAUAUGCGCACUGCCCUGGGGCAAUUUUCUUUUGCUCUGGUCAUCAUCAAGAUUUUCACCGAGGAGUUUUAUGCCAUCGGUGCUCUAUUUGCUGCGUAUGGCGUGGCGGUGUUGCUUGUAGCCGCGUAUCGACGGUAUCAAGGGAACAGGCAAUUCUUCACUGCUGAGUCUUUUGAUGGUACCAUUCGAAGAAAGUUUAAGACGAGUGGUGAUACGGUUUUGCUCAUGACGGCGUUGAGUUUAGGGGCAUACAUCACCCUCUUCGUGUUGACCUGGCGUUUGGUUUCAUAA